AUGUCGAUUUUUGAUAAUCUUAACAGUGAGGAUUUCUGGGUGAGCAUCAAAGAGCCAGCCGAACAGCUCUUCAGCGAUCUUAUUUACCAGGGAACAUUGUGGGAACUCGUGGAGCAGGGCAGAAUCAUUUGUAAAACCAUCAUGCUUUCAGGGUAUUGUUUCUAUUCACUAAAUAAUGAUAUGGAAACUGUUGGCAAAAUGGCCAUAUUGAAUUGGACAACAAUAGAACCUUUUUCAGAAAGCUGUGAAAGCCAUACAAGGUUUGGCUUCAGGCUUAAGAGACGCUCAAUUUUCAAAGACUUUUAUACUGAAAACAGUGAAGAACUCGAUAAGUGGCUUGACUGUUUAUCGAAAAUUUGUAUAAAAAAUGACAUUGAAGAUGACUAUGAAUUUGUCAAAGAAAUUGGGAAAGGGGGCUUCGCAGACGUAAGGCUAGCCAAAGAAAUAGAGAGCGAUGAGAUGUUUGCAAUAAAAGGAAUAUGCAAGGCCAAGGUCAUGGAGUUUGGCAAGAACUUUGACCCAAUCGUAGAUGAGAUCCAAAUCAUGAGAUCGCUGAAUCACCCAAAUAUUGUUAAAUUGCAUAGAGUUUAUGAGAGCGAAACCCAUGUUUAUUUGGUCCUUGAUUACCUAGAAGGCGGAAACCUUCUCCGAAGGCUAAAAAGCAAAGGGUUUUACUCAGAAGAAUUAGCUAGGAAAAUAACUCUUAAACUUCUUGAAGUGCUUGAAUAUUUGCACUCCAAAAAUAUUGUCCACCGUGACAUCAAGCUUGAAAAUAUUCUUUUGGUUUCCAAAAGUAGCGACAUCGAGAUCAAAAUUAUCGAUUUCGGCCUUGCCUGCGAAAGCAAUGGAAGUUUAACAAUGAGAUGCGGCUCCCCAGGCUACUUAGCCCCAGAAAUUUUAAAACUUCAGCCUUACAAUGAGAAGGUUGAUAUUUAUUCCACAGGAAUUGUACUAUAUACGCUAUUAAGCGGAAUCCAUCCUUUUGAAGGAUAUUCCGGUGAUAAAAAAUUAUCACAAAAUCGAAAUGGCAGAUUAUUUUUCGACGAGCAUUGCUGGGGACAUGUAUCAAAGGCAGCCAUAAAUGUCAUCAAUUUACUGGCAAAUCCUGAUCCUAUAAGCAGAUUAAAUGCAAGUGAAGCUCAGAAAAUCAAGUGAUUCCAAGUCUUAGGGUCUGGGGUAAGAGUCAAUGUAUUGCAGAGGACUCCGCCUGAAAUCAGGUCGCCUCUAACCAGAGGGAAAUCACUUGAAAAAUAUAAAGCUCAGAAAAUAAAAGCAAGCAGAAGAUUGUUUAUGAGCAGAGAAAGCAUUGAAGAAGAUGCUAAAACUGCCAUUGUGGAGGUUGGGGAAAAUAAAUCUCCAGAAAGAAAAAGAAGGGAAGUAAGCUCCAGGACUGAAGUGCUCCCGAAAUCACCUAGUAAAGGGAGUAAAAAUAGAAAGAAGCACUUGAAAAUUCUGGAAGAGCUUGAGUUGGCGGAUGAUGUCUGCAAAGAGAAAAGGAGGUGUAAAAAAUAA